GGUGCAGUGAAUGUGACAUGAAGAUAAACAGACGAACACCAUGCAGACGGCUGAGGUUAUCAACGUUACGGAUUAUUUAGCUAACGAUACAUUUAUUUAAAGGACAGCUUCCUUUGUACGCUGUAUAUUUUCCGUCUGUAGGACUCAACGGGUAUUUAGUCUCUUACGUUGACAAACACACACUAUCAGGAUGGUGUCAUACAAGCGGCUGAACCCUGAAGAUGUUCAGUUUUCCAGUGCAGUUCUGUCAGAAGAGCCUCGUCCCGUCCACGAAGAAGUUCCAGUACCGGAGCCAGAGGAAGCCUCUUUGCUUCCCCGGAGGCCAUCAUGCUCCAUAACCACUGGCCUCCUGGUGAUAGGCGGCCUGCUGCUGCUCCUCUUCGGAGGCUGGCUGCUGGGCACCAUGUUCUGGCUGCAGCGUCCGUCCAACCUACAGCCACACAGACCGCCACCGCCGGGCCCUGUAUGGACACCAGACUCUCAAGUAGAAACGGGAGUAAACGACACUGCAGCUGCUUCCCGCCGUGAGGCCUGCAGUUUAAUCCCCGAGGCCUGGAGGUUCGACUGCUACCCUGAAAGAGGAGUGGUCGUGACCAGAGAGUUGUGUGAAGCGAGGAACUGUUGCUUUAUCCCCGCAUCCUCUCCCUCCUCCUCUGCCGCCCGCCCAUCAGGGAGAAAUGGCAUCCCUUGGUGUUUCUAUCCUCAGGAUUUCCCUUCCUACUCGCUUGUGUCAAUUAAUGACACAUCGCUGGGACAGAAAGGGACGCUCGUGAGGGAGGUGAAGACCUACUACCCAGCAGAUAUCCUCACUCUGGAGGUGGAGAUACGUCAUGAGACGGACACACGGCUGCGUGUCAGGAUUACCGACCCUGCUAAUUCAAGGUUCGAGGUUCCGAUCUCAGUUCCUACUGCCACCACGAAGGCAGAGAGUCCAGACUACACUGUCGAGCUUUCAAAGCAGCCAUUUGGUCUCAUUGUGAAGAGGAGCUCCACAGGAGCAGUGCUUCUGAACACCACAGUGGCUCCUCUCUUCUAUGCGGAUCAGUUCCUCCAGUUAUCCACCUCCCUGCAGAGUCAGUUCAUAUACGGGCUGGGCGAGCACCGCUCCACCUUCCUGCAUGACGUCCACUGGAACACGCUCACUAUGUGGGCCAGAGAUGUGCCUCCCACGGAGGAGACAAACCUAUAUGGAGUUCAUCCGUUUUACCUGGCCAUGGAGGACGGAGGGAACGCACACGGCUUCUUCCUGCUGAACAGCAAUGCAAUGGAUGUGGUCCUCCAGCCCGCCCCCGCCCUCACCUGGAGAACUAUUGGUGGAAUCCUUGACUUUUACGUUUUCCUUGGUCCUAAUCCUGCUUCAGUGAUUGGACAGUACAUGGAAGUCGUAGGUUACCCAGCGAUGCCCAUCUACUGGGCUUUAGGCUACCACCUCUGUCGCUGGGGCUAUGACUCGAGCAAUUCUACCUGGGAGGUUGUCAAGAGCCUGAGGAAUUAUGGGAUACCCCAGGACGUCCAGUGGAACGAUAUCGACUACAUGGACCAGUUUCUGGACUUCACAUAUGACUCGACAAAGUUCGCCACGCUGCCCGACCUGGUGAAGGACCUGCACGCUCAUGACCAGCGCUACGUCAUGAUCCUGGAUCCAGGUAUCAGCAGCUCGCAGCCCGAGGGCUCGUACUGGCCCUACGAUGAAGGGCUGAGGAGGGAUGUUUUUAUUAAAGAUGCUGAAGGAAAAACCCUCAUUGGGAAGGUGUGGCCCGGUCUGACGGCGUAUCCUGACUUCUCUGAUGAUGCGACUCAUGAGUGGUGGUACGACAACCUUCAGAGGUUCCAUGAGAAGGUGCCAUUUGAUGGACUGUGGAUUGACAUGAAUGAGCCGUCAAACUUCCUGGAUGGGUCUACCAAUGGCUGUCCUUCAAACAGUCUGGAAAAUCCUCCUUACACACCCGGUAUACUAGGAGGUUUGCUGAGAGCUAAAACUGUGUGUGCCACUGCACAGCAAAAGCAGUCCAUUCACUAUAACAUGCACAGCCUCUACGGACUCAUGGAGGCUAAGGCGUCUGCAAGCGCUCUGAAGCGGAUUGUGGCAAAGAGACCUUUUGUCAUCUCUCGAUCCACCUUCCCCAGUCAGGGGAUGUACUCCGGUCACUGGCUAGGAGACAACAGGAGCCAGUGGAAGGACAUGUACGCUUCUAUAGCAGGCAUGUUGACCUUUAACCUCCUGGGCAUCCCGUUGGUGGGAGCAGAUAUCUGCGGCUUCAGCGAGGAGCCGCAGGAGGAACUGUGUGUCCGCUGGACGCAGCUCGGAGCGUUCUAUCCCUUCACACGCAACCACAACACCAUCGACAUGAAGCCUCAAGACCCGACAGCGUUCAGCCCUCUGGCUCGUACAGCCAUGAAGCAGGCUCUGCUGCUGCGUUACUCUCUCUUCCCCGUCCUCUACACUCUCUUCCAUCACGCACACGUGAACGGGCAAACUGUCGCACGGCCGAUAAUGUUUGAGUUCCCGAAAGAUGUAAGAACAUACGGGAUUGACAAACAAUUCCUGUGGGGGAAGAGUUUAUUGGUGACCCCGGUGUUGGAUCCUGGAGUCGACUAUGUGGAUGGUUACUUCCCCGAGGGUCUGUGGUACGACUACUACACGGGCGACGCUCUGCGCAGUGAGGGUGAAGACCUUCAACUCGAUGCACCUCUAGAUAAGAUCAACCUGCAUCUGCGUGAAGGCUCCAUUAUACCAACACAGGCGGCCAACCUGACGCUGUGGGUGAGCAGCGGUCAGCCUCUCCAUCUGGUCUCAGCUCUCUCUGACGACGGCUUGGCCAGCGGAGAUCUGUUCUGGGACGACGGAGAGACGAUUGACACCUACGAAAACAACCUUUAUUCCUACAUCAUCUUCAAUGUCUCUCAGAAUGUAAUGACAUCACAGGUACUUCACAGUAACGUGGAGGCCACCUACAUCACCGUGGAGACGGCCUCUUUCUACGGCGUCAAGCAGAAGCCGAUGCAAGUGCUGGUGAACUCCCAAGAUGCAACGUUCAGCUACAGAGCCAACCAGCAGGUGUUGACAGUUGCAGAUCUCGGUCUCAACCUCAGUCAGAACUUCACCAUCAGCUGGAUGUAGAGAGUCAGUGCAAAGAUUUUUUUUUAAAUUGUUGGUUUUAUUUUCUGUUCAAGUGGAAAGCUGGCACGCGGGGCAGUCUUUUAGUUUUAGGAUAGUGAUGUUUUGGCUCCAUGCUCUAGAGUUCUGGAGGUUAAAGGGAACAGAAACUGUGGUAAAAGCGCUAAUUCUCACAUUUUUUUUACUGGGUGAACAGUGAAGAACUCUAUAAAAUAGGGCCUUUAGUUCCAAACUAUCCAUCCGAUGUGGUUGCAUUCACCCUCAAAUUAAAGCUGAGAGUCAGCACUUUAACCUUAUAGUGAUUAUUUAAUUUUAUAUUUAAUGUGCUGGAGUACAGAAACAAAAAAAGCUCUCUGUACGUCAGAAAACAGAUAAACAGGUACUUUCGAGUGAGUGAGGUCAGGUUUGUGCCACACAAACUUAAAAAAAAUCACAUUUAUAGUGUGAUGUUGAAUAAAGAAUGGAGACAAGCUCACUGACCUCCUGUAGUCUGGACACUGCUUUAAAUAUCUGUGUGGAAAAUAUAAUUUAUUUGGUUGAUAACUUAAGUGUCAUUUCAUUCAAACAAACAGCUUGGUAGUUUCAUCUUUUAGAUCAGUUCAUAGAUCAAAUCUGCGUUUUUUUUUUUAUUCUAAUCAGCAGAAAGAUUAAGUGCAAUAAGUGAGAGAGAGGAGGGUCUACCUUUCUAGUGUGAAAAUAGUUUAUGAUGUAAAAUGUUUAACGUGCUUGAAUGCUGUUUACAGCUUAUUUUUGCACUAAUCAGUCCUGCAGUGUUGUAAAGGUAGAUACAGGUGCCUUAUGAUUCCUGUCUGUGAGCGUCUCUGGGUUUCUUCCAGAUGAUCCUUUUUGUUCAGCUUUAUCCCGUGAGCCUGUUUUUCAGCGCUGAUGAUCAUAGUACUGCUAUGCACGAUGAUUUUACUUUAAUGCAUCACUACAGUAUACUAGACCAGCCGUACGUGUUCUGUGAUCAUUUUACUGUGAAUUUUUUCUGACGCCUCUGAAGGCAGAAUGCAACUAAAACAUAAAGCUAAAGAUACAUUUCUGGAGCUUCAUCAACAAAGUUAACUGUGCUUAAAAUUUGACCUUGAUGCUGUGAAAAAUCUCAUUUAGUCUUUCUCAAGCUGUGAGAAAGCUCGCACCUUUUCAAAUCAAUCAUCAGUGCAUGUGUGCUGUAGAGCAAACGACGCAGAGCUCCCAAAUAUUUGUAAGCAUGUAAAGACUCCGAUACAGAGUAUAUUUUACUGUCAUUUGUGUUGAUGUAAUGAAAUUGUGACUAAAAAUUUGCAGUAUUUUACCAUGAA